AGCAAUGAGAAUAGUUUUUCAAUGAGUCUGUGAAUGAACAUAAUUACUGGUUCAGCAGACUUAAAGAAAAGUGAACUUUAAGUAUCUUCCAGCCUUAACUGGAAGUAAACCCUCCCUUUAUUACAGAUACAUUCCUGUAAAGAGUCAGUCUUCUCUUCUGUGAAAUGGGAUAAAUAAUGUCUGCCUUAGAGGGCUGCCGAAUGGAAUACAUGAGGUGUGGAACUGUUGGCCUGCCUCCUAUGCAACUCCCCAGCAUUUAACAGGACCCUGGCUCUCAUCAGAUCCUUGGGCAGUACUAAGGGGAAUUUUCACCCAGGCUCACAGCAGGAAAAAUAGCAAACUUGGCUGUCUAUUGAAGAAACUUAAAAAGGGUCACCUUUGUGACCAGAGCCAGCAUUGCACUUUGAACACCACUGAGCAGGAAACCUGAGACAGAGAAAUAGGGUUAAUCUUAAUGGUGGAACAUAUUUUGACCUGCUGAGAUUGAGACUGACGGGAAUAAUGCCAGAUGGAACACUGAAUCUGGGCAAAGGACAAAGAACACCAAAUAUGGUAAAUAGAGUUGAAGAUACCAAUGAAGUUUGAGAAUUUUUCGUCGUAGAGAGGCUGCACCUCCUGGAGUUAAGUUGCCCAAAGUUGUUUCCAGAUUUGAAAGGCCAUGAGGGACACUAAUGUAAUGAGGAGUAGAAGAGAGAGGAUCAGCUGCAACAUGAAACAGUGAUAGGAAAUCAUGUCUGACCAAUUGCCCAUUGUAAUGGACAGGUUUCACUCAGAGAAGAUCCUCUCUUCACUUUUCCAACAGUGAGAAGUUCAUAAUUUUUAGGUGUCAGAGAGGAGCCAUCCCACAGUUAUAAAUUCUCUGGGUUGUUGUUGCCUUUUUCAUCCAGUCUAAGUUCACAGAUAUUUGGGCAAGAGGCUUAAAGGGAGUAUGACCAGAGGAGUUCAAUGGCUGUUGACCUGGCAAUGGGGGGCUUCAUUAUUACCUGUCUCUUUUUCCCCCUCUGAAACUUUAUUACCCUAGCACUCAGAGCUGCUCAUCAGUCUUGGUUUCCACUUCAGCCUUGGGUGGAAGAACUACUGCCAGUUUCCCUAGAAACUUUAUUCACUGACUAAGUUAUUUGGUGUUUCCCAUGUCGUACUGAAAAAAUGACUUGUGAUUCUUUUCUGCCAGUAUUAUCAGACGGGAAAAGAAAUGUUGAAGCAUUCAUCAAAAGUGUCCAGCCACUGCUUUGUCACAUGUAGUCGUCUCCUUCUGGUCUCCACCAUAAAUCCUUACUCUUGUUUUGGGUGUAUUAUGCUAGACAUGGAAUUAUUUGUCUUCCAGGGCCUUCAAGGGAAGAACUCAUCCAGGGGUCCUCUUUCCACCCUCCUUUCCAAUUAGUCUCUGAGAGAGGAGGUCAUUUCUCAGAAACCCUUUGUCUGGCCCUCAUCAGAGGCAGCUCCCUUCAAUUUGCAAGAAGACCUAAAUUAAUUCCGUUAAGAGAAUCUACCACAUGAAAAAACUUACUCUGUGACUAAGUCUCUGUAUGUCUAAAACUGUUGGAACUGAAUAGAAGCUAUGAGUUCUAACUCUUGCCUAGAAACAGCCUUCUCCCAAAGGAGGAUCCUGCCACCACCCUGCUCUCCUGGAGUGGUGGCUCCACCGGUAUCAGAAAGAUGCUUGUCAGGAGACAUCAAGUGCCCUGGGAAUGUGAGGACAGUGCAGUUGCUAUCUGACUUGGGGCCUUGAUCUCAUUCCCUUCCAGCCUCAAUGGGCCUGUGAAGAUAGCACAGAAGCUUCUGUGAAGACAGAAGCUGACUUAUAUGUUCAAAGGGAAAAGGAAGAGGGACUCACACUUCUUGAGGACGGAUCUUCUGAGAGUCAGGAAUCUGGUGGAGCUUUACCCUCCUAGAAGUGGAGGGGGCAGGAGAAUGUGAACUACAGUUGUGAUUGGUAUUUGAAGGGCAGCAUGAUCUGGAGAGCAGGAAAAGAAGGAAAAAUGAACAGGAGAGAAGGAAAAUAUUCACAUAUUUCUGUUUUGACUGUGACUCAAUGUCAUUUUGGGCUUCCCAGGUGGUGCAGUGGUAAAAAAUCUGCCUACCAAUGCAGAAGACGCAAGAGACAUGGGUUCGAUCCCUGGAUCUGGAAGAUCCCUUAGAGGAGGGAAUAGCUAUCCACUCCAGUAUUCUUGUCUGGAGAAUCCCAUGGACAGAGGAGACUGUCAAGCUACAGUCAAUAGGGUCACAAAGAGUCAGACAUGACUGAACUUAGCACACAUGCAUGCAAUGCUGUUUUAUGUGGUGGAAUAAGUGCCCUAAUGGGGCUGAGGAAGAAAAGAAGGUGUCUAUACCAUUUCCAUUCAACUGAGUCAUGUACCCCAUGAAUGGAGACUGGAGUCACCAUCUACCCUAUUCCCCAUGUUUUCCUUUCCCCUUAGCUUACCCUCUUGUUUUACAUGGGAAACUAGUAUUUUCUUUGAGGUCCUGAAAAGUAAGAUCAAAGUCUAAUACUAUGUCUGCCAGACAGGACACAAGACACUGGAAAAAGAGAGACAGGAGACUUCCCUGGAGUAACUGUUCAUGUCUAUAACUUCCGGGAAAUACUUCUCUGCUGAACCUUUGAAAGCCCUCAUGCCAGUGGCCUUUCUCAUCAGAUGUCUGAAGGAGACAGAUUCUGAGGAUCAGUGUCCUGUUGACUGAUGGAGCUUCUACUCCAGGUUCAAGGGCAACGGUCCUCAGGAGACCCCAGCACCUCACAUCUUCAGUUGGAUAUGACACCUGACUCAACAAGUCUUCCUCAGUGAAUUACUGGGUUCUCCAGUGGUGAAACAGACAGGAGAAAGCACUAGGACAUCACAGAAGGAUGUGGACACUGAGCCCCAGAAACAAGAUCCAGUAGAAAGAACCAGUUGUGAUGUUGAGUCUGCUAGACAGGUUCUUGGAGCAAGAGUGAAGAGAUUGGGUCCCAUCAUUGGGACACUUUAGAGCAGACCGAUAAAGUGAACCCUUUACAAAGAAGAGCACCAAGCUGGGGUGUUUACCGAAGGCAAUACAUCUAUUGGUCUGAACAGGUCAUUUCCCAGCAGCAACAAGAUAGAGAUUCAGAAGAAAGUGAUGCUUGUAUGGACAUCCAAGCAAGAUAUGCUUCCUGUGAACUUCCAUCCCAUCAUCGGAGAAGUAGUUUUCAGAAACAAGACCAAAUGCAUAUUUAUAUGGAGACAAAACAAAAGCCUCCAGAAAAAAGAAUGGGGAGAAACAGACAGGAUGAGACCUUUGGGAGCUGGUUCAAGAUCAUAAUUCCCUUUGGUAUAAAAUAUGAUGAGAAGUGGCUGCUAAAUUUGAUUCAGAAGCAAAGCAGUGUCCCCUUCACUGCAUUCGAAUUUCACUAUGAGAAAAUGCAGGCCCAGUUCUUUGUAGAGAAUGCCAACAUUGCCUGUGCAUUGAAGAAUGUCAAUGGCAAGAUUUUCAAUGAGGUUAAUGAAAAGAUAUUUAUCUUGGUUGAACCCUGUAAGUCACCCCAGUCUGUGCAGAAGGCGCUGACGUCUGAAAAGGUGGAGCAGAUAAAGUUUUCGUCCUUGGACCUGAGCAACAAUAAACCCUACCUGCUGGAUGGCCUGUCCACCAUUAUGGGGAAUGCUUCCAACACCCAGAACUUGAACAUCUCCAACACUGAGGUGAAGGCUGAAGGGCAGAUGGACAAGGGUCAGCAGCUGGAACCAGGAGGGAUGUGUGCAGACAAAAAUGCCAUAUGCACCAACUUCCCUGAUAAGUCAACCAACAUAAGGUUACUAAGCUUGGAUGGCCAGGAGACACUCUCAGGUUCUAAGUGUGUUAUUGAAGCUCCCAAGUUCUUAUCAAUGUGCAAGGGAAGUUUCUUUGGAUCUGAUCAGGUGAACAGUCAAAUCUUGCAAUUCCUGCAGCAGUAUUACCUGAUUCAUGACUAUGGAAAUCGCCAGGGACUGCUGGAUUUUUAUCAUGAGGAGGCCUGCUUCUUCCUGACCAUUCCAUUCCACCCCAAGGACUCACGCUUAAGCAGUGUGCAUCUAUACUUCAAGGACAACAGGAAUACAGAGAAGCUCAAGGACCCCAAACUGCGUGUCCAGAUGCUGAAACACACAAAACAUGACAUUGUGCGUGCCCUCUGUGGAUUACCCAAAACUCAGCAUGACUUCAGCUCCUUUGAGGUGGACAUGUGUUUCCAGACGGAAACGAUGUUCUGCUUCUCUGUCAGUGGGGUGUUCAAGGAAGUGGAAGGAAGUUCUCAGGGCUGUGUGCGUGCCUUCACCCGGACCUUCAUCACUACUCCCACCAGCUCUUCCAGUCUUUGUAUAGUGAAUGAAGAGCUGUUUGUAAGGGAAGCCAGUCCCAGUGAAGCUCAGCGUCUGCAUUCUCCAUCCCAGUGCCUACACUGUCGACCACGUUCAUGUUCCGCCUCUCCCCUGAGUAGCAGGAAAUGGUGUGGGCUUUCUCCUCCCAGUGUGGAAUCACCUCCAAUAGUCCCAGAAGUGACUUCUGGGUUUGCAUUGAGUUGGGAGGGAGCUGGGAGGAGUGGACGAGUGAUUAAUGGGAACCUGAAUGUAAAUUGUUUUCCUUGUUUAUUUCAGUUAUUUCUACCCUGAACAUUUCAUUUUUAGUACAUAGUAAGCUACUA